CAUCGGGUCCGCACCUCAACUGACCCCAGGACUUUAAGCAACACCCCCAAACGGCCGUCUCUCAGUGCCUUUCCUCCCUCCACUGACCUCCUCCACCCCGUGUGCAACGGAGACUCCCCCGACCUCGAGCUCUCCACGCCGCAAUGGGCGGCGCGUACAAACGGGGAGCGGGCCACGCUCAGCCGACAGGUGUCGCUCGCCAGCUGCGGCUCGCUGACCCUCCACGCACGGGGCACCUGCUCCCACCAUCGCUGCCUGCACUUGGGGUUUCUGGGCCGGCCGAGCUUCAGCCCCCCAGAACCCCCUUCGGCCCGGAGCCAUCUGGACGAUGACGGGUUGACCCUGCACACGGAUGCCAUUCAGCAGCGGCUGCGGCAGAUUGAGGCCGGUCACCAGCUGGAGGUGGAAGCGCUGAAGAGGCAGGUACAGGAGCUCUGGAGCCGUCUGGAGAGCCACCAGGCUUCUGGGAUGCUGCGACUCAAUGGAGACAUGGGUGAUGAAGUGACCUCAUUCGCAGACUCCGACUUCAACCUGGAGCCCAACUGUCUGUCCCGCUGCAGCACUGAACUCUUCUCUGAGGCCAGCUGGGAGCAGGUGGACAAGCAGGACACUGAGGUGACCCGGUGGUACCCGGACCAUCUGGCCGCUCAGUGCUAUGGCUGUGAGAGAGGAUUCUGGCUGGCCACUAGAAAGCACCACUGCAGAGGCAAGGAGCGUAUGGAAGAGGUUUGGAAUUGUGGGAAUGUGUUCUGUGGCAGCUGUUGCGAUCAGAAGAUCCCGGUGCCAAGCCAGCAGUUGUUUGAGCCCAGUCGCGUGUGUAAGUCGUGUUACAGCAACCUGCAGGCUCCCGCACCGCCUCUGAACAUUGAGCUGGACGAACCCAUCACCGCCAGCUCCAACUGAUCCCAGACGCACCGCUGCUGAGGACACACGGCACCAGACCGAGGCUCCAGAGACUGUUUUGUGGGGGCAAAGUCGCUUCUUUCCCACCCGAAAGGGAAUCUUGUAUAUAUGGAACGAUGUAGAGAGCAGAGGAGGCUUAGCACUUUCAGAAGAGACACGGUGCGAUUGAGAGCUUGUCUGCAUUUGCGAUGAAACUUGUCCUGUACCUGCUGCAUAGAGGGAAGGUUUUCUCCGACGGCCAGCGGAUGGUGUGCAAAAGUAGGGUUUCUUCGCUCGUCAUCUCACAAAGAUAGAUUAUCGGUGAUGAUGUUCCUGAGAAAGGUGCUUCUGGGACGAGACUGCAAGAUACCAGCUUUGUUUUUGGGUUCUCAUCUCUUUCAACAAUCUGCUUCACGGGCUUUUCGUUUUCUUUUUGAGGUGAUUCUGGAUGCCACAGCAUUCAGCCUCUCGAAUGCAUCGAAUUUCCCAAAUCAUUCCAGAUUCUUAGUUUCUUUCUCAAAUAGAAAGCAUUCAC